CAUAUGAUCGGGCAGACUCUGUUUACCAGGUGUCCAGUCAUUUCAUCCAACCAACUUAUCACGCGUCCCGCGUCCACUUGAUGAUGCGCGCAGUACACCGCAUUUCCAAGACGUCUGUCUGUUUCUAAAAGAAAAUAACGCAUCUCCAGACCAGCAUUAUGCAUCUGUGUCUGCCACUGCAUCUAUUGGUUGGCUGGAAGCUCCACUCACUCCUGUGAUUGGGCACACUUAAUAAUUCCUGCCUUCUCAUUUGCUCUCUUAAUUUACUAUGAAUAUUGCAUGCUGGCGGAAUAGGUGCUGAUAAGUUUGAAAUAGCUUAGGUCUCGGGUAAGACGUGUAUGCGCGUGUGAAUUAUUUAUUCUGGACCGAUAUCACGAAUGCCUUCACCUGCAAACGGAUAAUUAUGAAGGAUAGAAGUGGAUAUCCACAAUGUAGAUAUUUUUGAUACGUGUUUGGAGAGGACUGUACGCAAAUAAUGUUUUGUGCUAAACUGAAGGAUCUUAAGAUUGCGGGCGAAUGUCCCUUUUCUAUGGUCGUGGGAAAUGAGGAACCCGACUUUGAAGAAAGCAAUGCAGUCAGUGUUGUGCCGAUAUCCAGAGCGGUGCAGGGGAACAUCACAAACAUACCCAGACGCAAAACAAGCCGAAGCAAAGUUAAUCUGCAUUCACUGGGCGAGAGCAUCCGAAAACUGGUGUGCCCGGAGUUCGAGAAAUUACGAAAUGCAAUGGUCAGAGUCACGAAAGAGCAGUCCGACGAGACUGGCCCUGUAGCACGCAGCAUUGAUGUAGCUCAGACACUGGAGAAAUCUGAACAAUUAUCAGAAGUCAUGAGAAACUAUUCCCUUAAAACAGGUAUCCACAUGGACACACUCAAGAUUUCUUUAGGUACGGAGGUGUUUCGGGACUGUUAUGAAGAGGAUGGUCAUAUUUUGAGAGUGGUGGGGGGAGCUCUCCAUGAUUUUCUCAACAGUUUCAAUGUUCUUUUGAAGCAGAGCACUCCGCCCACUACAGAAGUACAGCGCUACAUCCACCAAGCCUCUAUCCUUUGCCUAGACAAAGAUCCAGAACUCCUGACUGUCUAUUACUUCAAUCCCCUCCCCACCACAGAACUUUUCUUCCCGGGUAUUAUCCAAGCGGCAGCGUGUUUUCUCUACAGCACACGUGUGGAAGUCAAAAUGGAUGUUGGGAUUAAAGACAGUGGUGCUUUACAGGCAAAUCAUCAGCCCCAUUUGCUGUACUCCGUGGUGGUCAGAGAUGGCAGAAGCCUUACACCAAGCCCCAUGAGGACACAUUCAUCUGGAGACAUCCCACUCUCCCUACUCUACUCCACCUUUCCCUUCCACAUACUCCUGGAUCAGGAAAUGGGCAUGAUGCAGAUUGGAGAUGGCCUGAGGAGGAGACUCGGGCGUUGCAGAGAUGGUCAGAGGAGACCUGUCUUCAAUGAGCACUUUAUCAUUGUUUCACCCGAGAUACGAGCCAGCUUCCAGGAUAUUAUGACCAUGCUUAACACCCAGUUUAUGUUACGUGUGAGACAGCAACCUGGAAAGCAUAUGGACCUGAAAGGGCAGAUGAUCUUCAUGUCAGAGAUAAGUGCACUCCUUUUCCUCGGCUCUCCGUGUGUGGAUAAGCUGGAAGAGUUGACAGGCCGGGGGCUCUACCUCUCUGACAUUCCCAUCCACAAUGCACUGCGAGAUGUUGUUUUGGUUGGGGAGCAGACCAAGGCCCAGGAUGGCCUAAAGAAACGUCUGGGCAAAGCCAAAGCCGCCCUGGAACAGGCACACCAGGCCCUGGAAGAGGAAAAAAGGCGGACAGUAGAGCUGCUCUUUACAAUAUUUCCAGGGAACGUCGCUCAGCGUCUCUGGCAGGGUCUUCCUGUGCAGGCGAAGAAGUUUGAUCACGUUACGGUGCUCUUCUCAGAUAUUGUGGGCUUCACUGCUAUCUGCUCACGAUGCACGCCCAUGCAGGUGGUGAACAUGCUUAGUGAGCUCUACACUAGAUUUGAUCAUUACUGUGGAGAACUGGAUGUGUAUAAGGUGGAAACCAUCGGAGAUGCGUACUGUGUAGCUGGAGGGUUGCACAAGGAGAGUCCGACCCACGCUGUCCAGAUUGCUCUCAUGUCUCUAAAGAUGAUGGAACUGUCUGAUGAGGUCACGACCCCCAUGGGGGAGGUCAUCAAGAUGCGUAUUGGGAUUCACUCAGGCUCAGUUCUGGCUGGUGUGGUUGGUGUUAAAAUGCCUCGCUACUGCCUUUUUGGCAACAAUGUUACGUUAGCAAAUAAGUUUGAGUCCUGUAGCCUGCCCAGAAUGAUAAACAUCAGUCCCACCACAUACAGAUUGUUAAAAGAUUGUCCACAGUUUACCCUUAUCCCCCGGACUAGAGAGGAUCUUCCACCCAACUUCCCAGCUGACAUUCCUGGUGUUUGUUACUUUCUCCAGGCUCGUGAUCAAAACAAAUGUUCUGUUUCCAGAGGCUGUGCAACAGAGGAAGCUCAGCCUGUGAAGCAUAAUUAAUCCGACUAAAUGCUGAAAAAAGUGAGCUGAUGCUGAUUGUCACUUUUGUGUAUCUUUUAGUUGAGCCAGAGGUAGAUUAUAAUCCAAGUGUUGAAUGUUUCCAAAAACAUCUAUCAAAUGAUACUCAUUAAAUGUUUUAUGAGCACAGGUAUAGUUGACGGUAGCAUUAAAUCUGAUUUGAAAUGAAUUAACAUCUUUCAUUUCGGUAAAAAUUGUGUGUAACUUCCUAACUGUAAACCAAAAAUCUAAAAUGCUGAGAAUGUUAUUCACAUUUGUAUCUAUACUGAUUGAUGAUUUUGUUAAAUUCUAGUCAAGAAAGUAAUUUGUAGUCAGUAAAGACAAUAAGUUCCAUUUCAAUAGUCUAAAUAGAGCACCUAUAUAUGAGUCAUAUCAUUGAUAUUAUAGUAGUGAAAGAAAAGCACUCAAUGACAGCACACAGGCUAAUAGCUUUACAUCAGCAAAGACUGACCACAAUCAUCCCUGAAGUGAGCAUGUAUCAUUGUGACUUUUUGUAUUGUAAUAGAUCUGUAAUAAACAUGCUUUAUUCAAGGUUUUAAAA